UUUCAAUUUCAAUCUGUCACUUUUCAUAGUACAGCGUUGUUGCUUGGCUUACCGCCAAUUGUUCGUUCCAACAUAAACAGUCAACAGCAUCGUUUGCAGUGCGCUCUUAAGAAAAAAUGGAAAGAGAAAUGAUUGUCUGUGCCUUUUGCGGAAAUACGAGCCAGGGUUUGAGACGUUUAAACAACAGAGAUCAUUUAGAUUUGUUUCGUGAAAAAAAUAUAUUUCUCAGACGAAGCUCACUGUUUUGCACAUUGUGUCGACUUCGGAUUGAAGUGAAAUUCAAUACUCGCGAACGAAAUGCGGCAAUUAGAGCACGUAAAGCAGCACGUAGAGCACGGUUAGCAGCGUUGAAUCGAACGGGAACAUAUACAAAUGCCUCGACAAAUCCAGAUCAUGCUCCUGAAUAUGAUAUUCCUGAAGGUCUUAUAGAAGGAUUCCCAGAUGUGUCGGACGAAAGCGAAGACCAAGAUGAAGUACCACCGAAUCAAAGUAGCCAUAGCAGUAACCGUGAAAACCAAAGCAAUCGUAGCAAUCAUAGCAGCCAACAUUCGGCAACAACAUCUGGUAAUCUACGACAAAGUGAAAAUGAUAGUAAUCAACAAAGUGUUGGCUCGAAUUCACCAACGGUAAACAAUGAUGAUGAUGAUGAUGAUGCUGACGCUGGCACACCAAAUGACAAUGAAUUUCAUGGUCAUUUAUUAGCACCGCGUAAACUAAACCUAUCAAAACGAACUCGAAGUUUGUAUGAUAUGACACCCAUGAUGUAUUGCGAUCACUCGAUGGUCAAGGUCUCGCUGAAAUCUUCGCCACGUAUACCCGUAGCCAUGCCGGGUAAAUAAAGCAAACACAAAAUGAACAACCAAAACGACUUAUUAGUUAAUUAGACCAAUUCGUUAUUUAAUACUUGUGAUUUAAUAUUAUCAGAGAUACUAUUCGUAUAUUAUAGAACAUAUGAAUGGCUCGGAAUAAUAAUGACUUUAAUUUUUUAAAGGCGUCUCCAUCUUAUGGAAAUUUUCAUAAGAGAGAGCAGGACGUAAAAUCAUUAAAGUCACUAUUAUUCUCACCCAUUCAUAUGUAUUCAUAAAUCAUAUUCGUUAAUUUUCAUCAAUGUCGAUAGAUUGAGUUGAAAAGACUGUUGAAGAAAUGUCAUUCAAAUUAACAUAUAAACGCGCAAACCGAACAAAACCGAACAAAUAACAAAUGAAUACACAUUAAAAACGUUAAACGUAAAUUACAACACGUAGAGCUAUAAAGACAGUACCGAAAAAAUCGCAAUUUAGUUUUGUUUAAAUCGUGAAAUUUUGUUGGAUGUCUUAGAUUUAUAAGCUUAAAAAGAGACAUUUUCAUUGAAUUAUUAUUUAUACAAGUAAUGAAACUGUUUCACAAGCAGAAUAACAGAUAGUACAAAUCAUUUGCCAAUUAAAAAAAUCGAACUAUUUUCAUAUGUCAUUACAAUUAGUAUAAAACCUACAUGUUAGUUAAAUAAAUAAAAAAAAAUCAUUCUUGUUCUCUA